AUAUCUUAAUACUGAGCAGACCUUAUUAUGGGUUUCAAACUUGAAUGUCAGUUUAGUGCGUCGUAGGGAUUUGUGGAACUUUUCAAAGAUUAGUAUCUUUGUUUGAUAUCAAUCAGACGUGGUUUUGACGUAGAAACGGAAAUUUACAGUGCAGCCUACCUAUUUAUGACUCAACCAAAGGUUUGCUAUACUGAAUGCAGUGCAACAGAUUCUUAACGGCUGCCGAGAUGAACCUUAAUCACAUUUACUUGCUCUUGAUGAAGUCCUUACAUUGCAUCCAAGUAUUAACUCAAGUAAAUGCAGUGGUCACAGAAGGAAUCAAUGUCAGCCAGACACCUCCAGAAAUCGAGGCUUUUGAAGGAGAUACCAUCAAUAUGCAGUGCUCUUGCGAAAAGGGCAAGAUAGACAGUAUCAGGGUAGCAUGGAAGAAAGACUCAAAGGAAUUUCUUCAGGCAACUACAAAUACUACAGCUAACAUCAACAGAAGUUCAACUUCCAUCAACGAAACAACAGCAAGGCUAACAAUUAAAAAUAUUAUCCAACAUGAUUCAGGAAUGUACGUCUGUCAAGUCACUGUUGAAAUACCACCACCGAUUCGAAAAGGCUCGGGGAAUGGAACAAAAUUAACUGUGCAAGCAAAUGUAAACUACAGUCCUAAAUUUUGUGCAGUGCUACUGUUGCUGAUAUUGGUUCCUGCAAUUAUAUAUUAUAAGCAACGACAGAAAAGGAAAACAAAUGCAAGAGCGUCAGGUCGUGUUGUGACAGAAGUGAUCAAUGAAGAAAACCAAGAGAAUGAAGGGAGUGAGGAAAACACACAUUCAAGAGGCUCAUCUCAUUGGAUGGCUUCAUCGCUUUAUGAAUCGUUUGAUUACUUCACAAUCAAACAAGAAGAAAAGGAAGAAGCAUGUAACAUAUCAGAGAGUUGAUUACAAAAAAAGGAGAAAAAAAAAAUCAAAAUCGAAUUUGUGUUGUUGAAUUUUCAUAACUUUUUGAUAAGGGUUACAAUCCUCUGUCAGCUUUGAUAAUUCAUGAGCAUUACUGCAGUAGAAUCUGAUGUUUGGUCAUUAGUUUAACAAUCUACUUGACAAGCAAUAUUAAACACCAGAGAUCAGAAAGAUUAAAGAAAAUCCCAUUCUCCUCUUUAACAGUCCUCUCCUGGUUUAUGGAGCCAACAUUAAAUGAGUCGUGUUGAUGCCAUAGGAACAAGCUUUUAGCUUGUGGAGCUCUUUCGUUCGGGGGAAUUAUCAAAGGAGAAAAUCAGGGAGUUAAUAAAUGUUCAUACUGUUUUGGUCAGAAAAAAAAAAUGGGUCAGGUAUGGGGAACAGGGAUCAAUUGUACCCCUGGAGUGGAGGGGAUUGAGGAGCAUAUUAAAAUCACAGGGAAGGUCACAAUGAGGGCAGGAGAGCUCUGGUAGAUAAGAUCAAUGAGAAUCAAAGGAGAAUUUUAAGGAAAAAAAUGAUAACUAGAGAGAGGACCAGGCCCCUCAGAAACCAAAGUGAUGAGGUGCCAGAGAAUGAAAAGGUUUUUAAUGUUGUGCCUCUACAUAAGAAAUGCUACAAAGAAAAACAUAGGGGCUAUAAACCUGUAAGUCUAACAUCUCUGAUAGUAAAGUUACUGGAGAGAAUUUUGAGGGAUAAUAUAUACUUGCAUUUGGAAGGACAGGGAUUGAUUCGGGAUGACUAGCAUUGUUUUUUCAUGUCUUAACAAAUUUGAUUGAGUUUUUUGAAGACGUAACCAAGAAGGUUGAUGAGGGCAUCACUGUAGACAUAGUCAACAUGGACUUCAGCAAUGGAUUUGUUUACGUUGUGCAUGGUAGGCUGCUCUGGAAGGUUAGAUAGCAUGGAAAUUAGGUACAGCUAGCUAACUGGAUACAGACUUGACUUCAUGGUAGGAAGCUGAGGGUGGUGGUGGUGGAAGUGUGUUUUUCUGAGUGUAGACCUGCAACUAUUGGUGUGCCUUGGGGAUCGGUAAUGGGGCCAUUGCUGUUUGUCAUCUAUAUCAACAAUCUGGAUGAGUAUA